AAAUGCUGACCCUCCUUCGCCGCGUAAACCAUGAUUCAACAAUCCUCGGUCGUCCGCAGUUCGAACCACCAAGGGGCGCAUAGACAACCGUCAAGAUGCGUUCGCCCAUCAAUCCUCAAGCGCCAGGCUACAGUCCCGUUGGCCUAGCUGAGAAGGAAGAGCUGGUGUUACGCCCGCUUCUUGCUCAUGACACGCAACCCAGUCCUGGGCAGCGUCUGAAGCGCAAACUGUCUAUCCUCCUGGCUUCUGGCGCCGUCUCGCUCGCCGUCCUCUUCGCGUUCAACAUACUUGCGUGCAACGGCACCCUGUUCGGUAUCAAGCCGCGUCCAUCUGAGCUCGCCAGCCCGACACCGCUUCAAGCCCGAGAUGAUCAGAGAUCUUCGGGCGAGGAGGACUGCCCAUGCAAGCCCACAUCCACGGUACCCGAUUACUUCAACACCAGCCCAGGCCCCUGGAUUGGAAAGACGGCCACAGGCAAAGCGCCUUUCAUGGCCCAGACCAGAACCUUUGACCAUGCUGCUACCUACGUACCUAAUGCGCCGCUGCAGACACAGGUGCCGAUUCAGGGCUGGCACCCAGGCAAUCUGAGCAUUUUCGGCAUGAUGGGAUUUCUGACGCCUUAUACGCCCUCGACAGGGUUUGGCGUGGACGAGUGGCCGCUGCCUGAUGGUGCCGAGAUUAUUUGGCUUCAGAUGGUCUCUCGUCAUGGCUCUCGCUAUCCCACUGGAGGCUCUAACGUGGAGUCUUUCGGUGCCCGUCUUGCCAAUGCGACUGGCAAGUUCAACGCUACGGGCGAACUCGAGUUCCUGAACAACUGGAAGUAUCAGAUGGGCACUGAGAUUCUCGUCCCCAGAGGUCGCCAGGAACUGUUCGACUCUGGUGUCCUGCACGCUUACAUGUAUUCGUCGCUCUAUGACCCCAACACCAAGAUUAUCGCUCGUACGACGACCCAAGACCGCAUGCUGAGAUCUGCGGAGAACUUCUUGGCUGGUAUGUUCGGCCUGGAAUGGCCCAACAACGUCACCCUCGAAGUCAUCAUCGAAGGCUCCAAUCUCAACAACUCCUUGGCAGGCUAUAUGAACUGCCCCAACGAAAGGGAAGACGGCCUUGGCUCUGCGGCCCGCGAUAUCUGGGUCGGCCACUACUUGCAGAAUGCAACUGAGCGUUUCUCCAAGCUCGUUACGGGUUAUAACUGGACGCUCGAUGACACUUAUGCCGCCCAGACCUUAUGCGCCUACGACACAGUCGCAAGCGGCUACAGCCGCUUCUGCUCCCUUUUCACCUAUGAAGAAUGGAUCGGCUUUGGCUACUCCCACGACCUCCAAUUCUACGGCAACAACGCCUUCGGCUCCGAGACCGGCCGCGCCAUCGGCAUCGGUUUUCAGCAGGAAGUCCUCGCCCGCCUCCAAAACCACACCAUCCCCUACUCCGAGACCCAAGUCAACGUGACCCUCGACAACAAUACCGUCACCUUUCCGCUCAACCAGUCUCUGUAUCUCGACUUCUCACAUGACACCAACAUUGUCUCCAUCCUUGCGGCUUUUGGAUUAACCCAGUUCGAAGAGGACCUUCCCGCCGAUAAAUACCCGGGCGAACACAACUUCACGGUGUCGCACAUGACGCCCUUUGGCGCGAGACUCGAUAUCGAGAUUAUCAAGACGCCAAAGCCGUUGAAGGCUGAUCGGUCGGGCUAUGAGGAUGAGGGAGAGGAGACGAAGUAUGUCCAUUUUGUGCUAAAUCAACGGACGGUCCCGUUGGGGUGGAGCCAUCCGGAGUGUGAUGCGGAAAGGGUGGAUGGGUGGUGUGAGUUUGAGACAUUUUUGAAGGUGCAGGAGAAGAUGCCCGGGCUGGCGAGGUACAAGGAGGUGUGCUUUGCUGAUGGUGGGAGUCCGUAGGGGAGUUUGUAGGUGGGGGG